CGCGUCUCCGUUGACUGGAGACAGGGGGAGCGCCGGCGCCGGGGUUCGGUGACCUCUAGUGAGAUCAGGAGCAUGACAUAAAUACUGCGUAUUGAAUUUGCAUGAACUGACCUGUAGCCUGCUGGUGCCACUUGCAACUGCUGAUGAAGGUGAUCCAAGUAUUCUAUAGCUACAAUGUUGUCAAGACUUUUCCGAAUGCAUGGCCUCUUUGUGGCCUCCCAUCCCUGGGAAGUCAUAGUGGGGACAGUGACACUGACCAUCUGUAUGAUGUCCAUGAACAUGUUUACUGGCAACAAUAAGAUCUGUGGUUGGAAUUAUGAGUGUCCAAAGUUUGAAGAGGAUGUUUUGAGCAGUGACAUUAUAAUUCUGACAAUAACAAGAUGCAUAGCAAUCCUGUAUAUUUAUUUCCAGUUCCAGAAUUUACGUCAACUUGGAUCAAAAUAUAUUUUAGGUAUUGCUGGCCUCUUCACAAUUUUCUCAAGUUUUGUAUUCAGUACAGUUGUCAUUCAUUUCUUAGAUAAAGAAUUGACAGGUUUGAAUGAAGCUUUGCCCUUUUUCCUACUUUUGAUUGACCUUUCCAGAGCAAGUGCACUAGCAAAGUUUGCCCUCAGUUCCAACUCACAGGAUGAAGUAAGGGAAAAUAUUGCUCGUGGAAUGGCAAUUUUAGGCCCCACGUUCACCCUUGAUGCUCUUGUAGAAUGUCUUGUGAUUGGAGUUGGUACCAUGUCAGGGGUGCGUCAACUUGAAAUUAUGUGCUGCUUUGGCUGCAUGUCAGUUCUUGCCAACUACUUUGUGUUCAUGACUUUCUUCCCAGCUUGUGUGUCUUUGGUUUUAGAGCUUUCUCGGGAAAGCCGCGAGGGUCGUCCAAUUUGGCAGCUCAGCCAUUUUGCCCGAGUUCUAGAAGAAGAAGAAAAUAAACCGAAUCCUGUUACUCAGAGGGUUAAGAUGAUUAUGUCUCUAGGCUUGGUUCUUGUUCAUGCUCACAGUCGCUGGAUAGCCGAUCCUUCUCCUCAAAACAGUACGGCAGAAAAUUCUAAGGUUUCUUUAGGAUUGGAUGAAAAUGUGUCCAAGAGAAUUGAACCAAGUGUUUCCCUCUGGCAGUUUUAUCUCUCUAAAAUGAUCAGCAUGGAUAUUGAACAAGUUAUUACCUUAAGUUUAGCUCUCCUUCUGGCUGUCAAGUACAUCUUCUUUGAACAAGCAGAAACAGAAUCUACACUUUCAUUGAAAAACCCCAUCACAUCUCCGGUAGUGAUUCAAAAGAGAGUCCCAGAUGAUUGCUGUAGACGGGACCCUAUAGUAGUCAGAAAUAACCAGAAAUGCCAUGCAGUGGAGGAGGAGGCAAGCACAAACAGAGAAAGAAAAGUUGAGGUUAUAAAACCCUUAGUGGCAGAAACUGACACCUCAAACAGAGCUACGUUUAUGGUUGGUAAUUCCUCCUUACUCAGUACUUCACUGGAACUAGAGAUGCGGGAACCUGAAAUCGAACUUCCCAAGGAACCUCGGCCUAAUGAAGAAUGUCUACAGAUACUUGGGAAUGCAGAGAAAGGUGCAAAAUUCCUUAGUGAUGCUGAGAUCAUCCAAUUAGUCAAUGCUAAGCAUAUCCCAGCUUACAAAUUGGAAACUCUGAUGGAAAACCAUGAACGCGGUGUAUCUAUUCGUCGACAGUUACUCUCCAAAAAACUUCCAGAGCCUUCUUCUCUUCAGUAUCUACCUUACAGGGACUAUAAUUACUCCUUGGUGAUGGGAGCUUGUUGUGAGAAUGUUAUUGGAUAUAUGCCCAUCCCUGUUGGAGUGGUGGGACCUCUGUGCUUGGAUGGAAAAGAAUUUCAGGUUCCAAUGGCAACAACAGAAGGCUGUCUUGUGGCCAGCACUAACAGAGGCUGUAGAGCAAUAGGUCUUGGUGGGGGAGCCAGUAGCCGAGUCCUAGCAGAUGGGAUGACGCGUGGCCCAGUGGUACGUCUUCCCUGUGCUUCUGACUCUGCAGAAGUGAAGGCCUGGCUUGAGACACCAGAAGGGUUCACAGUGAUAAAGGAAGCGUUCGACAGCACCAGCAGGUUUGCACGUCUACAGAAACUUCAUAUGAGUGUGGCUGGUCGCAACCUUUAUAUUCGUUUCCAGUCCAGGUCAGGUGAUGCCAUGGGGAUGAACAUGAUUUCGAAGGGUACAGAGAAAGCACUUUCGAAACUCCAUGAGUAUUUCCCUGAAAUGCAGAUCCUGGCAGUCAGUGGUAACUAUUGUACUGACAAGAAACCUGCUGCUAUCAAUUGGAUAGAAGGGAGAGGAAAGUCUGUUGUUUGUGAAGCUGUCAUUCCAGCCAAGGUUGUCAGAGAAGUGUUAAAGACUACUACGGAAGCUAUGAUUGAUGUCAAUAUUAGUAAGAAUCUGGUGGGCUCUGCCAUGGCCGGGAGCAUUGGAGGUUACAAUGCCCACGCAGCAAACAUUGUCACUGCCAUCUACAUUGCCUGUGGACAGGAUGCAGCACAGAAUGUUGGUAGUUCAAACUGUAUUACUUUAAUGGAAGCAAGUGGUCCCACAAAUGAAGAUUUGUAUAUCAGUUGUACCAUGCCAUCUAUAGAAAUAGGAACUGUGGGUGGUGGGACCAACCUGCUCCCUCAGCAAGCUUGUUUGCAGAUGCUAGGUGUUCAAGGAGCAUGCAAAGACAAUCCUGGAGAAAAUGCCCGGCAGCUUGCCAGAAUCGUGUGUGGUACAGUGAUGGCUGGGGAAUUGUCGCUGAUGGCAGCAUUGGCAGCAGGACAUCUUGUCAAAAGUCACAUGAUUCACAACAGGUCAAAGAUAGAUUUACAGGACCACCAAGGAACUUGCACCAAGCAGGCUGCUUGAAUAGCCUGACAAUUCUGAACUGAAAUACGGGUGUUGGGUUUUAAAGGACUAACAUAAAAUCUGUGAAUUAAAACGCUCAAUGCAGUGUCUUGUUGAGGAUGAAUAGAUGUGAUCCAUGAAGUGGCUGCUUGGUGUUGGGCUCUUUCAGAAAAGUCUGAGGUCCUUUCCAUGCCGAUUCCUCAGCUCUGAAGACAGUUUAGUGCUUUUCGUGCUGUGCUCUCUGGAAAGAUCUCAACGUGGAUAUUAUGCUUUAAAGCAUCACAGAUGGUAAUCGACAGCUCACUUCUGAAAGAGAAUGCACGCUGGAAAAAAGUGUUUUGAUGAAAUUCACAGAGUUCAUGGUGAUCAGUGUGAGAUUGGCCCUCCCCCCUCAACUCCACCACCCCGGGUUGAAGAUGGAUUUUUAAAUUAUACUGUAGCUGACAAAACUCCUGAUUUCAUAGUAAUUUAUUAAGCCUGGGUUGUAGAACUUUAAUAAGAGCUAAUUUUAUUUUUUGUGAACUAAUAUAAUACUUCAUUUGGUGCUGGUCUAUUUUGAUUUCUUUCGUGGUAGCCAACAUGAUUCUUCAGAAUAGAACUGCUUUCUUCAAGGGAAGAAUUACUCUUAUUCCCCAACUACAGAAUAAUGUGCUAAGCAGUGCUAAAUAGUUCUCUACCAAGAACACAAGUCACUGCAUUUAUUUCUGCAGGCUAUUUGUUCAGAAAGGCCUGUUGUCAAAAUACGUUUGUCUAGAUUGGCUAUAACAUAUCUUCCAACAUAAGACUUUAAGAAACAGUUUUGUGCUCUUUCUUAAUACCAGAGCUCUUAAUAUUGCUUAAACCAGCAAUUUUCAACCUUUUCCAUCUUGUGGCACACAUAAACU